AUGUCCCAUACCCAUACUAUGACUAAAGAAGUCCUUGUCUUCACAGACGAUGUUGUGGCUCUUCGGCCGGUGGACAGCAGCUCGGCGUACGGGACAAAUAGCGAAAUUGCUGAGCAGGUGGAAAGAGUCUACAGCCUCUACCAGAUAUUGCACGACCAAGGCAUACACCUGGAGCUUUGUUACAGCCCAGGUCACGCUGGGGUUCCCGGCAACCAGGCCGCGGACGCUGAGGCACGGCGUUAUCAAAUGCAAUUGCUUUGGAAUUAG